AACUGUGCAUGACUACUUUAUAUUUUGGAAAGUAGCUUCCAUGAAAUAAAAUAUUUAAUUUUGCGGCGGGGAGAAGUUGCAAUAGGUGUCCGUGCAGAUGUUCUAUCCGUUGGAACAGUUUGCGUUGGGGGAAAAAAAGUCUCUGAAGGUGGAGCUUUAGAAGGCGCCAGGGUUGGGCUGAUGUUAUCCGUGCAGACGGCCCUGGGGUCAGUGGUGUCGGGCUCUCUUCGCCUAUAAAUACCGGGCGGUCCGUGGCUCUGAGCAACUCCUGACUUGCAGCCUUGGUAGAGCUGACUCGGAGAUCUAAUCAUGAGCUCAGCCGAAGAGUGCGGACCCUACUCUCAGCUGGUGAGCCCUCUGGUUUAUGGCCAGCGGUUCGACACACAUCUCCGCAAGGCAGCACUGCCUGACAUCUUCCAGUCCGUCAACCACACGGCGAUGCAGAGGCUCUUCGAGAGAUCCGGCGACAAGAAAGCGGAGGAGAGGGCGCGGAUCAUCUGCUCCAACCAGAGCAGCGAGGAGAUCAGCCGAGCCUUGGUGGCCCUCAGAGUCCGCAGGAGGGUGAAGCUCAUGCAGUUGUUCCGCAUGGGUUGGAAGUCGGUGAAAAUCUUCUCGUAGAGCGGGGGUUCGUGGCCGUUUUGCACCGCGCACGAUCUGCCCAGCCUGCGAAACACUUUGCAAAACGUCGGGAGACAAGGAACUUCCUUCGUUGCAAAAGUUCGGAUCGCGAGGUGGCUUGACGAAGAAGAAAUGAAAAAAUGUUCCAAAAUGGAAUGGACACUUGCAUCUCAUAGGUGCGUGAUCUCACCCGCCGUACAGACUCUGACAGAAGCCCCGUCAAGGGACUGUAUUGAUGGCCAUGUGAAAAUAAGGACAAAAGUCCUUUUCAGGAGCAGCUGGAGGACUUUUAAAGGACUUCUGAAACAAAAAUAAACUCAGGAAGAACAAAAUGUACAGUCUAUUUAUUGUUGAGGCUGGCGAUACAGCCAAUUGUUUUGUGAACGAUGCUGUGAUCCCGUAAUUUAAUAAAC